AUGUUUCUCCUAUCUACACAAUUUUCAAUCUGCUUGAUGGUCAUAUUGGCCAUUCUGCUUCAUCCGAACAUAGCAAGUGUCAACUUUGAUGAUCGUCGACUAGCAAAAGCUCUUCGACAGAAACUGUUGGCCUCCAUCUCCCACCCUUUAAAUGAUGAAUUCGAUAAUGUAAAACGAGCCGACGCUGAUCUCACUGAUCGCAUACUCAAUGAUCCUGCUGCUCUAAGGGACUACCUUCGACAGAUUAACGAAUAUUUUGCGAUCAUUGGACGACCAAGGUCAGAGUUUGCCAGCUAA